AUGGGCAUCCUUGUAGUCAACAUUACUUGGAGAGGAAAGACAUACGUUGGAACAUUGUUAGAUUGUACUCGUCAUGAUUGGGCACCUCCCAGAUUUUGUGAUUCUCCAACUAGUGAUUUUGACAUAAGAACUUCAAAAGGAACGCGAAAUUCUAUGCACAGUAAACUUAGGAAUAAUGGAUCUAAAACUAGAAGAGGCAUAUAUGGAUCAAUGGCUAUUAGUACAUGUUCUGCGCCUUUUAUUUCUCCACGUUCUGAUUUUACAUUGAAGCGAAAGACUCGAUGUAUUGAUGAAGAUAACAAAAAUAAGAGAAAAGUCACAGCUACCCUCCUAAAUAUUUCACCAUCUACAAGUCCUGUACUAUUAGAAUGUCCUGAACCAAAAUGUUAUAAAAAAUAUAAACAUAUAAAUGGAUUAAGGUAUCAUCAAAGUCAUGCGCAUGGACUAAUGGAAGAUGAUGAUACAAAAGAAGGAGCUACUAGCACAUCUGAAAACGAUGAAAGUAUUAUCGAUAUUCCAAGUCCUACUACUCCUAUGAAAUCUCCAACUGGAAGCACAGAAAGUGAUUCGAAAAAAUUAAAGAAUGCGUCAACUAGUUCCUCAGAACAUGUGCUAGACGAAUCAUCAUUGACCUUACAGCUUACAUUUCCAACUGUUCAUGUGAAAUCAACAAAGUUGAUGGAUACUAAUAUUUUAGAUAAAAAAGAUACGAAAUUAAAAAAUAAGAAAUGUUCAGAUAAUAAUGUAACAGCCAUUAUCAGUCAAUCUUUUCCAACUAAACCUCGAUGUAAAUCAGAAAUUAGUGAUCCUAAUAUUACAAAACAUUCAUGUACUAUUUCAUUAAGCUUGGAAGAAUCUUCACCAUCAAAUUCGGAUUUAUUACAGCAAUAUGAGCUAUCAACUUCUACUAUAUUUUCUAAGAAGUUACAAAAAGAUAAAAAAAAUAAUGUACUACAAACAGAGCAAGUUCUACCAGUGCAUCAACUGAUUUGUCAAGAUGCAAUAUCAGUUGAGUUGUCGUCUCAACUAGAGCAGGAUUUAGUAAAAGAAGAUGAAGAUCAAGUCAAGCUGAUUUUUUCAGAAAACAAAUCAAGUCAAAAUAAAGAUCAACGAUUUAAUCGUAUUGAAGAAGCAGUUUUGAGUCAUAGUAAUGAUUUAUUUAAAGGAUUGUCUGAGCAAACUCUCCGUCAGGCGAAAGAUAUUAAUGAAUUAAGCAAUACAUUUUCAGCUAAUUCGGCGCAAACUAAAUCUGUCCAAACAAAUUUACAGUCUUUUGCUGAUAUUAGUAUAAAUACUAAAAUUUCGCAGUUCAAAGUAAAACCAACUGCAGAUUUAAUGCCUGAAGAUGAUAGAAAUAAAGAUUCAAGAAUACCAAAAAACAUUAUGUUUAAGAAAAAAACUCACAAAUCUCCUAUUAAUAGUCCUCAACGAUUAAAUGCAGGGACUCUAAAUAUUAAUGCUGACAGAGAAGAUCUCCAAAGUCCAGCUUAUUCUGAUAUAUCAGACGACACAAUUACUUCUGAAGCAGUAAACACGUGCGAAAAGUUAGUUAAAGAACAUGGAACUGAUGUUAAAUCAAAUGCACAAAAUAAUUUAAUUCCACAUUUUAGUGAUCAAAGACGCAAAGAAGAAUUUCAAGCACAGAUUUUAACACCAAAAGCAUUAUCUUUGAGUCCUAAAGAACACUCAAGACAAGAAAAAAGGCCAGAAAUAAACAAAAGUGAUGAAAAUAAAAUAAGGGCUGAAGGUGUUAAACCAACAAUGGAAACUCAUGGUCCGCCACCUCCUCCUACGUCACAGUACGCUUACAUACAUCCAGGAUAUAUUACUUCACACCAUUACGGUGGCAUAUCUUUUGAUUCUGAGCACCAUGGAAUUUACAGAAAUUUAACUCCCAUGCUCAUGUCAAGUACCUACACAAGUAAUCCAUAUUUACAUCAAUUGACGAGAUAUGCUCCAGAAGAUCUAAGCAGACCACCGAAUGGAAAAGCUAUUGAUAUAUUACAUAAUUCUAAUCAAUAUUAUCCCUUACAUAAAAUCCAUGAAUUACAAGAAAGAGCCGUGAAAUCUCCAAUUACAAAAAAUCAAACACCUUCUACAAAUACAUUGCUUACUGAGCAAUCUAUGUCAAUAAAAUCGCCCAAUGAUUUAUCAAACAGUGAUUCCUUAGGAUCUACAACUGCGCCACAUCCGCCUUCUUUUAACAUUAAACAGCAAAGUCAAAAUGAUUCUCACCAUCAACAACAGCAAACUUCUACUAAGGAUUCAAAUAUUAAUUCAUUAAAUAGAGGUAGUGAUAGAUCUCCACCUCCGCAAAGGCAUGUCCAUACACAUCAUCACACCCAUGUAGGACUUGGAUAUCCAAUCUUAACUGGACAAUAUCCUGCCACGUACGGUGGUAAGUAUGAUUAG